CCACCUCUUCAGCGAUUGCGCCGCCUUCCGCGGCGCCGCGUGCGACGACUGGCUCCUGUUCGACGACAGCGGCGCCGGUGAUGUCCACAACGUUCUUCGCUUGACGAGCCCCUUCACAGGGAAGACGAGGCUGCUUCCGAGCUUGUUCGGCAUCCAUAAUUGGGACGAGCCAGUCGAGAUUGAGAGCGAGCCUGCUCCGAAGGGCGCGCCCUCCGGUGGACAGGCACCGGCGUUAUGACCGUGCAGAAGCUGCUCGUGUGUCCAGAUGGUCUCAUCGCCGCCACCGUCGGCCGCCAAUACUUCGCCAAGGUCGUCCUCUGCUCGCUGGACACCUUCUCAUGGUCGCUCAGCACACAUGACCGCUGGCGGUGGUACGAGGACGUCGCUUUCUCCAACGGCAAGGUGUACGCCCUCACCGGCGAAGAGGAUCUCCUCGCCUUCGACGUCGGCAUAGACGCCAACACCAGUAACGCGGUGGUCUCCCUCGUGAAGCGCGUCAUCCAGAGCCGGCUUCCCCGUGAGGCCACCGCCAAGGUCCGGUACCUCGUCAGGUCCGCGGCGGCGCGCUGCUCAUGGUCCGCCGGCACUUCUUGUCCGGCGAGACAACGGUGCGGUUCGCCGUGCUCCGGGUAGACCUCAGCUCGUCGCGGUGGGUGGAGGUGGCACCCUGGGCGGCGAGGCGCUCUUCGUGGGGCGGCCGUGC